GCCUACACCCACGAUAAGACGGCCGAACUUUGCGAUCUGAAGGACCGCAGCCUGGUGCGCGACUCGAUUGCGUACCCGCGAGCCGACGCCUGGGUCGCUGCAAGUGCGGCGGAGAAAGAGGAGUACAAGCGGAAAAAGCUGGAAUGUAGGAAAAAAGUUGCAGCGUGCGGGGACGGGAAGUAUCUGCUAGACUCCGCGACCAAGUAUGGCGACACCGUGUCCUCUGGCUUCUGCAAGACCUACACGCCAGUCGUCGGCACGGCGCGCACCAAGCACUACCCGUGCAGCGCCUCCUGCGCCCCGGGCGGUUUGGUGAAGGAAACGCGGCACGUCCGCGUCUUCCCGAAAAACGGCGGCCAUGAGUGUCCAACCGAACUGGAGCGCUUCCGGCCGUGCAACACGCACGUGCCGUGUCCCCCGGUUCUCGCAAGUCAUCUACAAGCUGAAACUGCUCCUGGCACAACGACUUUAUUCGGCAGCUCGGUGGACGACUCUGCGUCGCAAAAUGAAGCCCAAACUGGUCCGUACGACGGGGCGGACUGGGGGCCCGUGAGCGCCGACGCCGUUGCGCCAGCUGGCCAGCAGCAGGAAAGCACGGCCCCGGCCUCUUCCAAACAGAACAACAGGGAUUCCGCACCAAUCCCGCCACUCACACGACAGGGGAUUUAUUCUUACGGCUCGGUGUUCGGCGAUUCCGAUGGAUUGCUUAAGCUGGGCGUGGAGCUCGCGGCCAGGUCCCCGCGGUACCGCGCCGACGAAGCUGUUGUGGAGGUGAAGCUGGUCCCGCAACUAGACCUCUUGACGCGAAAGAAAGACGCACCUGAUACCGGAAUGGCGCGGCCACAACUGAAUGACUUGAAAGUGGACACGCUCAAAUUCCUAACUUUUGACGUGCACGAACAGUUCCCGGCGGAGCACGCUAAUAGAAAACUGAUGGAACAGCAGGAGCGCCACGCGGGGAAGGAAGGCCACGAAUUUUACGUGCGGAAAAAAGCAGAAAACGAACUACACCAUCAAGGCAGACACACUACAGAUUUCUCUUCCGGUUCAUUCCAAAACAAUAAUGAUAAUCCUUUUCACUUCGAGCACGCAGCUGCACAGAAUGAGUUUUCCCCAUACGCCCCUGGACGAGAUUUUCGUGCGGGCCAGCUGCAAGACGCCGACUACGAUGGCGUCAGGGAUGUGUACGAAGUAUGAACUGCAAAAGUAUCGUACUAGUAGUACUUGCAAUACAAAUUAGCUCAGCAUGACAAAUGGAAUUCGUAAUGCUGUUUUACCUUGGGACGGAGAUUUGUAAUGCAUGAUUGCGAUUAGGAUUACUACGAUUUUUUUGCACAGGAUACGAAGAAAAGCACUACAAAGUCACGGAGGAAACGAACCCGAUGGUAUCAAAUGUAAAAAUGUCUGGGUCUGGAAAAAUGCAAGUUUGUCAUGCUUGUCUGGCAUGACUCUUAAAUCUGUCAUGCACAUUACCAAAGAGCCCCACUUUUAUGUCAAGCAGAAACGAAGUUUGUCAUACAGAAUAGGCAACACCUAGAAGCUCAGAAACUUGUCAUGCUGAGCCAGCAAUUGCGGCCUCCUCAUGAUAUGCCACACAGCAUCACAAAUUUCCAGACCCAGACAUUUUUACAUUUGAUAGAUGGCGGGCGGAUACUAUGCGGGCGACCCCGUCUUGGACAUACGCGUCGUUGUGCCGGAGGGAUACACCUGUGAAGUGGGACGGGCGGAUGCGGACGCAAUGCCGGAUCUGGACGACGAAACGCGGAAGACCACGUUCAAUACUGCAGCUACCACUCCUCCCUCGUCGUCCCUGGCACAGAAGCAGUACGAGAAAAUACAUACCAAACAGCUUCAUGGGGGAAAAGACGACGGCACAACAACUUUUGUUGCUGGAGGCGGGGAGGUUUCUGUAGGAGAAAAAACUCCUGGUCCUGCCGUCAGUACUUUACUUGCGGAGCGGCUGCCGAAGGAGCAUCUUUCGUCCAGGAAAGAUAGCAACCAACAAGAUUAGACCGGCAGACUUUUGAAAACUAAAGAUUGCAUGUAAGAUGUGCUUCGUGCAGCGGAGGAAUACGAAGAGGAGACGAGUGUGCUCCUUUGAUAUGGAGUAUCCUCUAUUGUCGUAGUUUGCGCGGUUCUUUCAUCUGUUUGGCCAGAAAUUAUCCGAAAAUUUGAAUCCGAGGAAAAUCAUGGAAGAAUCAUGUCCCCGAUCUUUACACUCAGUGUCAGUUUCUGUUUCAAAUUGUAUCAUGCAUGCAGAUUACACAAUCUCAUUCUCAUAGGCACAAGUAGCACUCCCUACUUGGAGAAGAAUUUGCGGCCGACCGACGCGGUCUGUUUGGGAGGUCCUGAGCAGCGUAUUUUUGUUGCAACAAGUCUAGGACUCCUCGUCGUCGUCUUCUACGUAUCGUGCUCUAUGGUGAUGGUCGUUAGACGAGUACUCGGGAUAGGUAACCGUAUAUCUACGACACGUUGCUUUUCUGUUGCACAUGUAUGCAGGUUGAACGGUAUCAGUUAUUCAUGGUCUG